GAGCUUAAUUGCUUUGGUCCAGUUGCAGUUUAAAUCUGCCGUACAUUUUUUGAACAAAAGAAAAGAAGCGUAGAAAUGGCAUCACUCAAGUACAUGACAGGAUUUGGCAAUGAAUUUUCGUCAGAAGAUCCAAGCUGCCCUGGGUCCCUACCAAAGGGUCAGGUAGUGUACAACUCUCCCAUUUGUCUUGUGUAUGCGAAUAAUCCACAGGUUUGUCCUUAUGGUUUAUAUGCUGAACAGCUCUCUGGUUCAGCCUUCACCUGUCCAAGAUACAACAAUAAGAGGAGCUGGCUUUAUCGUAUUGUACCUUCAGUCCUUCACAAGCCCUUCACUUCCAUACCCCAGGGAAAUUUGUCCUAUAAUUGGGAUGAAAUCAACCCUGAUCCCAACCAGCUCAGAUGGCUACCAUUUAAAAUUCAUAAAACAUCAGAGAAGAUGGUUGACUUUGUAUCAGGUUUACAUACAUUAUGUGGAGCUGGAGAUAUCAGGUCUAGAAAUGGGUUGGCUAUUCACAUCUAUGCCUGCAACUCAUCAAUGGAGAAUAAGUCAUUUUAUAAUUCAGAUGGGGAUUUCCUUCUAGUGCCCCAGGAAGGGAGUCUGUUGAUUACAACGGAGUUUGGCAAAAUGCUGGUUGAACCUAAAGAAAUUUGUGUCAUUCAGCAAGGGAUGCAUUUCAGCAUUCAGGUCUUUGAAGAGACACGAGGUUACAUCUUGGAGAUCUUUGCAGGCCAUUUUGAGUUGCCUGAUCUUGGACCAAUUGGAGCCAAUGGUCUUGCCAAUCCCAGGGAUUUUAAGGUUCCAGUUGCAUGGUAUGAGAACCGAAAGAUUCCAACUGGAUUCACUGUCAUCAGCAAGUUUCAGGGCAAGUUAUUUGCUGCCCAGCAGGACUUCUCUCCAUUUAAUGUUGUGGCCUGGCAUGGAAACUAUACACCUUACAAAUACAACCUGCAGGACUUCAUGGUCAUUAAUUCUGUUUCAUUUGAUCAUGCAGAUCCUUCGAUUUUCACAGUGUUAACUGCUAAAUCAACUCGUCCAGGCGUGGCUAUCGCAGACUUUGUCAUCUUUCCACCACGCUGGGGAGUGGCUGAUCACACAUUCAGACCCCCAUACUACCAUCGCAACUGUAUGAGUGAAUUUAUGGGGUUGAUUAAAGGUCAUUAUGAGGCAAAAGAGGAAGGCUUUCUACCUGGCGGAGGUAGUCUGCAUAGCAUUAUGACUCCACAUGGACCAGAUGCAGAAUGCUUUGAGAAAGCAAGCAAGGCAGACCUCACACCAGAACGAGUAGCUGAUAAAACAAUGGCAUUUAUGUUUGAGUCCUCGUUUAACAUGACUGUCACCAAAUGGGGCCUGGAGACCUGCAAUUGCCUAGACAAAAGCUACUCAAAGUGUUGGCAGUCACUGAAAAAUAAUUUCAAUCCGAACUGGAAGCCAAAUGCCAAGUGAACAUGGGAUCCAGGAUUCCUCUAACAUGAUCAAACUUUUGACCACUGGGAGGAAAUCAUAAUAUUUCCAUAUACACCAACUGGACCGAUUAUUAGGUCUCUACAGAAAUGUGAUGUUAAUUUCUAUUGAAGUAAGAUUGAUGGCAGUAAUUAAAAAAAAGUAUAAUUUCAGUUACAUAAAUGACUGCAUUUGACGAUGAGUUUAAUCAAGUAAAAAAAUUAAAUGUCAGCUGUUAAGACUUAUUGACCUGUUUAUCUGAAAACAAUAAAAAAUACAAAGCUUCA